AUGUCCAAAACAUGGAGAGAAAGGUCUGCUAAAGUCCAAGUGAAAGAAUCAGAUUUGCCGUCAUCUAUACCACCUCAAACUGGGUUAGUGUUUAACAUAUGGUAUAAUAAAUGGUCUCAAGGUCAAGGUGGUCAAAGUAGAUUCGUAAGCCCCUUCAGAUUAGAUCCGAAACUACAUUCUGGUAAAACGCUAGGUGAUAAACAGGAAACACAAUUCUUUUGCCUUUAUUUUGCCAAGGGAAUGUGCUGUCUAGGUAAAAAAUGUCAGUAUAUGCACCAUGUUCCAGAGAAUGAAGAUAUGUUAAGAUUAGCAGCUAAAACAGAUGUUUUGGAUUGUUUUGGUAGGGAAAAGUUUGCAUUUUACAGAGAUGAUAUGGCCGGUGUUGGUUCAUUUAGAAAACAUAAUAAAACUCUUUAUGUUGGUGGGAUUAGUUCAGCUUUAGGUAACAGACCAUUAAAAUCAAACCAAAUAGAAAAUCGCAUACGAUUUCUCUUCUCAGAAUUAGGUGAAAUUGAUAAAUUACAUUAUUUGGAAUCCAAGAAUUGUGCAUUUAUUAAAUUUAAAAGGCAGUGUAAUGCAGAGUUUGCCAAAGAAGUGGUUGCCAAUCAAUCAUUACUCAUACCAAGUGAUAGAGAAUGGGAGGAAAGAUUACAACUAACGGGCUUACAAGUGAAGUGGGCUCAUGACGAUCCAAAUCCAAGAGCUAAGAGGGAGGAAGAAGAGGAAAAAAGACAGGAGACUUUAGAUCUAAUGGUUCAUCUACUGGAUAAAAGCAAUGAAACCCAAGCUGCAGAGGAAGUCAAAAAAGGUGAAAAUGAAUCAGCCGAAGAAAAACAUGGAAGGAUUUUUAGCGGUGAAGUGUUGAAUAAACUGCGAAAGAGGAAGACUAAUUUCAAGAGUGAAAAUGCAAAAGAGAAACGUCAAAAGACAGAAGAGCCGCAAAAGGCUUCUUUAGUCGACUAUCCAUCAUCUUCAUCAGAAGACGAAUGA